AUGAGCAUUGCGUACAGGCGCCUCGACCCCUCAAAGCGCGAAAUCCGCUUGCUGGAGAUCCAGUCCGCUCGCAACCUCAAUGACCCAAUCGAGUGUAAACUCGUCACGGUCCGCGUGACGGACGACCUCGAGUUUAUCGCGCUCUCGUCCCUCUAUGGCGAUGCCAGAGAGACGGAGCGCAUCUACAUCUCGGGGCUGCCAGUGACCAUCACCUCCCACCUGGCGUCAGCCAUCAAGAACAUCCGCGCCGUCUUCUAUCCCACCAUCUCGCGGAGGUUCCAACGAACUCCGGCCCGACGCCCGCACGGCGCCCCGAGAUGGUUUCGCCAGCUCUUUGGCGCAAACUCGACCCAGCGUGGAGAGCUUGAGGCUCGCUCCCUUCGCGUCUGGGUCGACCUCGUAUGUAUCAACCAGAAUGAUGAGGAGGAGCGUCAUCGCCAGACGCUCGACAUGCGCAUGAUCUACAAGGCGGCCGAGCUCGUCAUCGGCUGGCUGGGUGACAAGACGGAGCACACCGACGUGGCCAUGAUGACGCUGGCCGAGAUCGAAGACGCCAUGCCGGCUCACUGGGGAGACCCAGGUGACCGUGAAAAGCAUCCCGAGGAUUACUCCCCAACCCAUCGUUGGGCUCGACCCAUCACUCACAUCUGGUCUCCGGGCCCGGGAGGCGAGAUUCCCUUCCUGAUGCCUCACUGGGUUGGAUGCAACGACUUCAUGACGCGCCAGUACUUUCAGCGGCGCUGGAUCCUUGAGGAAAUCGCCCUCGCCCGCUUUCCCACGUUCCUCAUUGGCGACGUCAUCGUGCCAUGGAAGCAAGUACUCCGUCUCAAUCGGAUGAUGGAGGAGUUCAAAUACCACCCGUCAGAGGUGUUUGAAAAGGAACUGAGCGCCAUGAUUGCUGAACUACCCCUGGAGACGGCCCACAAGCUCUUGGACGAGUUUGCCAAGAGAGAGGCCCUCGAGGAGGCCCGCAUUCUCAAAGAGACGGGCAAGAGCAGAGCUACUUCUUCUACACGUUCUAAUGAAUAG